AUGGAAAACGCUCAAUCAAAUAAUUCUAAUCGUCAUCCACCUCAUCUGCGUGGUAAAGCAAUAGGUAUGUGGUAUGCUCAACAUCGUCGAUCAAAUAAUGGUCCUCAAGCAUCAUCACAACCUCGUCCAUCAUCUUCACAACCAGUAGCAACGAUUGAAUUAUCUGCAAAUGAAAUUCAACGUGUUACAGAAGUUCGUCAAUUAUUUAAUCAUCAUCAACAACCACCACCACGCAAACAUUUCAAAGAAUCUUUAUUAAAUAUAAAUGAUAAUGCACCAAUUGAUGAUGUAGAACAUGCAGUUCAAUUUGACAAAUUACAUAGUUCAUUUCAAUAUUUUGAACCAUUAGAACGCAACUCAGUAAUUGAUCAAAACCUAUUAGAAGAUUUACAUAAAAAACAACGUACAUCAUUAUAUCAAAAAUUGAAUGUUAAACGAACUCAUUUGCCUAUAACUGAUUAUCGUCAAGAAAUUCUUAAUACAACUGAACAAAAUCAAAUAUUUAUUCUUGUUGGAGAAACUGGAUCAGGAAAAACUACACAAACCGCUCAAUUUAUUCUUGAUGAUCAAAUUUUAAAAAAUCAAGGUAGUCAAUGUCGAAUACUUUGUUCACAACCACGUCGUAUUAGCGCAACAUCAGUUGCUGAACGUGUUGCUCAAGAACGUGGUGAAACACAUCCCGGUGAUUCUGUUGGAUAUCAUAUUCGUCUUUCAGCUCAAUUACCACGUAAAAAUGGUUCAAUUUUAUUUUGUACAACAGGAAUGUUACUUAAAUAUAUUGAAAAAUAUACUCAUUUCGAACAUUUUUCUCAUAUAAUUUUGGAUGAAAUACAUGAAAGAAACAUUGAAAUGGAUUUUUUACUUAUUUUCAUUAAACGUUUAUUACAAAUACGUCAAGAUAUUAAAAUUAUAUUAAUGAGUGCAUCAAUUCAAGCUGAAAAAUUUAGUUUAUACUUUAAUAAUUGUCCAAUAUUACAUAUACCAGGAAAUAUUUAUCCAAUAAAAGAAUAUUUUCUUGAAGAUUAUAUAACAAAAUUAAAAUAUCCUUACGAUAAUACAACGAAUAAUCGACGAACAUAUCGAUCAUCAAAUAAAGAAAAUGAUGAAAUGAAAUUAAAUCAUUAUAUUAGUGAACUUGAAUUAGAUUUAGCUCAACAACAUAAAUCUAUUGAUGUUCUGAAAAAAAUUCAAGCAAUUGGAACUGAUUAUGGUUUAGAAAUAAAUUGCGAUUUAGUUGUCAGUGUUAUUGAAUUGAUAUGUCGAAUAUCUUCUCAAGGUACAAUUCUGGUAUUUCUUCCUGGUUGGAGUGAAAUUGUUAAAUGUACUCAAUUACUUCGUCAAAGAACAUUACUAGCAUCUUAUUUACAUAUUUUACCAUUACAUAGUUUAUUACCAUUACAUAAUCAACAUGAAAUAUUUGAUCCACCACCUCAUCCAACUUUACGUAAAAUUAUUUUAUCAACAUCAAUUGCUGAAACAUCAAUAACUAUUGAUGAUGUUAUCUAUGUUAUUGAUACUGGUCGAACAAAAGCGAGUGAUUAUGAUCUUGAAACACAAGGCAAAUGUCUUUUACCAACACAUGUUUCACGAGCUAAUUUACUUCAACGAAAAGGACGAGCUGGUCGAACUCAACCAGGUGAAUGUUAUCGUUUAUUUACACGUUGUAAUGAACGUCUUUCGUUCAUUGAUUUUCCUCAAGCUGAAAUGAUAACAUCACGUUUAGAUAAUAUUUAUUUACAAGCUAAAUUAUUUGACAUAACGGAUGUUAAAACAUUUCUACAAGAUGCACUUGAUCCACCAUCAAUUGAAGCUAUUGAACAUGCAGAAAAAUUUCUAUAUGAUAUUGGAGCAUUAAUAUCUAAUACAAAUGAAUUAACAUCAAUGGGAAGAAUACUUGCUCAUUUACCAAUGGCACCUCAAAUUGGUAAAUUAUUAAUUCUUGGUUAUUUAUUUUCUUGUUUUGAUCCAAUUCUAACCAUUGCAUCAAUACUAAGUUAUCGAGAUCCUUUUGUCACUCCAAUUGAUAAAAUUCAAGAAAUUAAAGAAACACGUCAACGUUUUGGUGAACGAACGAUGUCGGAUCAUUUAAUGUUAGUAAAUAUAUAUAAACAAUGGAAAAAUCAACGAACCUAUCGUGAUAAAAAUCAAUUUUGUUAUGAAAAUUUUCUUAAUUCUAAUCAUAUGAAAAUGAUUGAUAAAGUACGAAAUCAAUUAAGACAUCUUAUACAAGAUUAUUUUGCUUCAUACACAGGCGAUGCUAAUAAGAAUCAAAAUAAUAACGAUUUAAUAUGUGCUUUAAUGUGUGCUGGACUUUAUCCAAAUAUUGCACGUAUUCGUUUAUCACCAAAUAAAUCAUCAAAACGUCCAUGUUUAUUAGAAACCAAAUUUGAAAAACGAAUUUUAAUACAUCCAAGAUCAAUUAAUGCUCAAUUAAGGGAUGAUGACAUUCGUCGAUCAGCUGCUCAAUCAACUUUAAUUGUUUAUCAUGAAAAAAUUCGUACAUCAAGUAUAUUUAUUCAUGAUAUAAGUUUUAUAUCUACAUAUGCAUUAUUAUUUUUUGGUAAAACACAAAUCUCAAGAGAAAAAUCUUCAGAUUCAACAAAUAGUAUUAUUUUAGUUGAUAAUUGGAUACAAAUUAAUAUUGAUAAUAAAACAAAUGAAUUAAUUUAUGAAUUAAAAGAAAAAUUUAAUUAUUUAGUAGAAAAAAAAGCAUUGAAGAAAAAUAUUUUUCUUGAAAAUGAACAAGAUUUAAUUGAUACAAUAAUUCAUUUUAUAACAAAACAAGAUAAAAAUUUAUUAAUACAAAAUAAAUUAAUUGAUGAUCUUUCAAAGAAUAAAACAGUUUGUGAAGAUUGGGAUGACUAA